AUGGCCGGGCAACCGCACACCUUCAGCUUGGACGAGGCGGGAGUGCCUGCGUUCGGACACGGCGUCACCAAACCAAGCUCGCUCGCGCCCGGCUCUAGGUCCGGCACGACCAAGGAUGGGCGCGCGGGGACCGCGGGCAACAGCGCCACGCGGCCCAACUCGCGCGAGGUCUUCCGCGAGAACCGAUCGGCGUCGCUGGCGCAGCGCGGCGACGCCGACGGCCGCCCCGGCAGCUCCGCGCAGCAAACCCGGCCCGUCUCUCGACCCAGCGGACCCUCGUCGUACGUCCGCCCCAUGUCCGUCGCCGGGGUGCGGUCUGUCCGCGCGAGCGACUCCUCGAAGCCGCGCACCGCCGAGCAGAUGGUGAUGGACGACGACUCCGGCGACGACGACCCGCCGACGCCGCUCCCCGCGCUCGCAGCGACGCAGCCCCGGCGCGCGCCCGCCGCCACGCACGCCCACACCCGCACGGGGCCCAUCCGCAUUCGGCGCGGGAACCCCGGCGCCGUCUUCGGCGACAUCGGCACGCAGGACGCGAUCAAGCGCCCCUGGGACGCCGCGGGGCGCGCGGGCGGCAAGGUCGACGCCCCGCUGCGCCGCCGCCCGAACGGCGGCGGGGGGAUGUUGCGGCUGGUGGAACCCAACAACAUUUCGGCGGCCGCGCGCGACGCCCCGCGGAUCCCGCGCCCGGACGAGGUCCCCGAGGACAUUCUCGCGCGCCCCUCCGCGGGCCAGCUGCGCGCCGCGAUCAUGCGCAAGAAGCGGGACCUCAACUCGGUGGGCUUCGACAUGCGGCAGCGCGAGGCGCAGCUGAACGAGCUCGUGGGCGAGCUGCGCGCGAUGGAGCUGGUGCAGGCGAACGAGUCGAACGCGCGCGAGGAGCUCGAGGCGGUGGAGGCGCGCCUGGAGAACAUAGGGCGGCGGCACAAGGACGCCGAGCUGCAGAGCCGCACGCUGCACUACCUGCUGCAGCGGACGUCGAAGCAGUGCCGGGAGGUGCAGCACAGCAUUCAGGAGAAGCGCGCGGACAUCGAGAGCGUGGAGAAGGUCAUCGGCCGCGCGCGCGUGGAGGUGUCGGAGGCGCGGCUGGAGGCGUCGAACACGGCGAAGCAGCUGCACGAGGCGUACGAGGAGUGCAGUCUGAACACGGACCGCCUGAUGACGGCGCUCGUGGAGCGCGACGAGGAGCUCAACACGCUGCGCGCCGAGAUCCUGGAGCUGAACAACCGCGCCGCGGACCGCCGGCGGCGCAACAAGCGCGACGCGGCGCUCAAGCGCGUCAUCCAGAAGACGGGCGUCGCGGGCGCCGUCGCCGCGCAGGCCACGCACAUCCGCGAGACCAAGGAGGCGGGCACGCCGCUGCAGGACCAGAUCGAGCACAUGUUCCGCGCGACGGGGGAGAACAGCAUCGACGGCGUGCUGCAGCUGUACGAGGACCACAAGCGGCGGCACGAGGAGGCCCAGGUCGAGGUCGCGCGCGCGCUGCGGCGCACCGAGGAGCUCCAGGAGCGCCUCAAGGACGUGCGCGCCGGGCGCGAGCAGGCCAUCCUGGACGCGAGCCGCGCGCUGCACGAGGACAGGGAGGUCGCGGAGCGCAUGCAGGCGAUCCGGACGCAGAUGGCCAAGGUCGAGAAGCGGCGCGACCGCCUGGCCGCGCAGGUGCACGAGCGCGGGACCAAGCUGGCCAGCGCCACCAUGGCCAUCGGGGUCCUCGGCGAGGCGCUCGGGAACGUGCUCGCCAACAUCUUCAAGACGGGCGCGCCGACGAAGGCGCAGCUGGGGAAGUCGAGCUCGAUCCCCAAGAUCAUGAGUCGGCUGAAGAGCGUGGGGCUGGGCAACGGCAGCUCGAGCAAGAAGCUGAACGUGGACGGCUCCCUCGACGGCGGCGCGAGCGGGCCGCCGCCGCUGACGCAGACGCGCUCGGGGCACCUCAAGGCGGCGUCGAGCAGCAGGGGCAUGCUGCUGUCGACCAACGGGAGCCAGGAGGGCAUGCAGCCGCCCGUGCCGGUGCACCCCGCGCCAGCGCAGACGACGCUGCGCCGACAGGACAGCGGGAUGGUCCCGCGGUCGCGCAAGCACACGUACCUCACGCCGAAGCUCGAGCGCACCCUGGAAGCGUUCGAGGAGCAGACCGAGGAGGGCGUCCGCGAGCGCCCGCCGUCGGGCCGCCCCGGGUCGGCGUCGGCGGCGCGCACGCCCGCCCUCUCGCGCGCGCCGUCCGCGCGCAACGUCGGCAGCGGGCUCUUCCGCAACGCGUCGGGCCUGCGGCACCUCGGCAUCACCGUCCCCGAGGACGCGCUCCUCGACGGCGGCGCGGGCGAGCUGCGCGGCCUGGAGCUGCUCUUCCAGCAGGGCAGCGUGGGGAUGGACGCGCUGCUGGAGCUGGUGCGGCUGCUGGAGCACGGCGUGCUGGAGGUGACGGACGCGGGCGAGCGGAAGGUCGGGCAGAAGCCGUCGCGCGUGACGCCGUCGUUCGUGGUGCGCGUCAACACCCACGCCGAGACGGUCGGGGGAAUCGCCGGGGGGGACAUGUCGAAGCUCAUGGGGAUGUCCGAGGGCGCGGAGAGCGACGAGGAGCAGACGAACAUGCCCGCGAACCCGCGGCCCGCACCGCUGGCGCAGAAGCCGCAGGCUGCAGGGCCGCUGCGGCCCGCCCCCACGUUGCGGAAAAAGGGGAGCAAUAUCUUCGCGCGGGCGGAGGCGCGGCCGCCGCAGCCCGAGGGCGGCCGGAUGAACAUGAUGGCGGAGGACUCGGACGACAGCCUGUAG